AUGCCACUAGAAACACACCUAUACGAUAUAUUACUGGUAUUACCAACCGCUACCAGUGAUGAGAUAUCGAAAUCAUAUCGGAAACUCGCUUUGAAAUGUCAUCCAGAUAAAACCAAUCGAGAUCCUCAAUUAACAGAACAAUUCAAAGAAUUAACCCGAGCAUAUGAAGUACUUAGAGAUGAUAGUAAACGGAAAAUGUAUGAUAGCUAUGGAGAAAUAGCAUUAGACAGUUCAUUUUUGCCACCUUCUGCACAACAGGUACCGACAAGAGGUCCAUCACAACCACAACCACAAUCACAACCACCUCCAUUUCCUAAUGCUAAUGAUAUAUUUUCACAAGUCUUUAAUGAUAUUAAUAGUAUGUUUUCCCAAGCACCAGCUUUCCAAUUUGGUAGAAAUUUUAUGGCCACAGGUCCACCUAAUCAAAAUAACAUGAAGAAAAUUGUCGAGCCGGCAGGAUCACCACUAGAUCAACAAGUUCUUAUAUCGGGACAAGAUAUUCAUCAUACUUGCAGUAUUGAAUUGGGUGAUUUAUAUUUUGGAAAAACCAUAAGGUUGAAAUUACCCAAAAACUGUAAAUGUCAAAACUGUGAAGGUUAUGGUGGAUUUAAUCCUCGUACUUGUCGAGUUUGUAGAGGAUCUGGUAAGGUUAUUGUUACUUUUUAUAAUCAAUUUUCUCAUUUCAGACAAUCGGGAGCUUGUGAAACAUGUAAUGGUACUGGUACUUUUGUUUCACCCAUGGAUAAAUGUCAAGUCUGUAGUGGAGUUGGUUACAAGAAAGAUUCUAAGAUUUUAAAUAUUGAUAUCUUACCAGGAACUAAAGAUGGUGAUACUAUUGUGUUAAAGGGUGAAGCUGAUGAAGGGAGAAAAAUCAUACCUGGGAAUGUUAAUAUUCAUAUAAAGGAAAUUCCUCAUCCAUUCUUAGUGAGAAAGUUUAAUGAUUUGUAUAUGGAACAUACAAUUGAUUUAAAAACUGCAUUAUUAGGUGGUCAAAUUUUAAUUCCAAACUAUUUGAAACCAGAUCAUUCCCUUCGAGUAUUUAUAAACGUACAUGGGUACAAUAGUAUUAAUAAUUCAAUUAAUCCUUCACUUCAAUCAGGAGAAGUUGUUGGAACUAUUAACACAGGUGAACCAAAGAUUGUGAAAGGAGUAGGCAUGCCAAUUAAUAACUAUUUAAAAAGUAAUGUAUAUCUCCAGAAUUUCAUGGAAGAUAUUAAUGAUAAGAAAAUUAAACAAAACCCUAAUAGCUAUAACAAGGGCAAUUUAUUUAUAAAUUUCAAUGUUAAACUACCUACUAUUAAUGAUUUUGCUAAUGGGGAAGCAGACCUAUCCAUAUUGAAUAGUAUCUUACCCAAUACUAAUCUACCAACCAAUGAAAACUCAAACGAUGAAGAGAUUAUAGAAUCUCAUUUAGCUAAUAUAUCAUUUGAAAGUCCAACCAAGGCAAAUGUGGACACCAACAUGGAAUACAGAGGCAGUUCUUCUACGUCGAUAGAGGCAGAAGAUUCUUUCAAUUUUGAUGAUAAUGCAAGAUCCAAGAAGAGAAGAAAUAAUUUCGAUAAUCCACUACAAUUUUAA